ACCUUACAGCCCCCCUGGCAUUUGACAGAACCCACAGAUCACCAGUCAGGACCUGCUUAGGUGCCAGUGAGAUUCUCUCAGAAAGACUAAACAUAAAUCCCAGGCUGCCCCACAACACACUCUUGCUACUGUGUGCUGAGGCUAGUGCAGCUGCACGCUCUGACAGAUCCUUCCGCCUGAUGCUCAGGCUGCACCCUGAUUGGCUCCCACUCAAUACACAGAGGGCAACUGAGGUAUCAAGUUCCGUUUGAGUCAGAGCAGUCAGUGAUUCAUAGGGAGAUAGUUAUUGUGGUACAAUGUAAGAAUGGCUGCUGCCGCCACAAUGCUCUCCAUACAGGGGGACUGGGACCAGGUCCUGAGGGAGGCUGAGGGGGAAGUCUGGGUAUCGUGCAAGAUUCCUGGAAAGCCCACGAUACGCGGCAGCCUGACGUCAAAGGGAAUAAGUUCUGAUGAGGUUCCGGAAGUGACCGCCUCCGAGGAGUUUGUUGUGCAGGAAGUCACCAAGAAUAGAAUCCCUGUUUCCUGCCCCGGGGAGAAUAUUUCCUGCACAUUUCUGUCUCCUUAUGCAAGUUUCUCCCACAUCCAUGAAAAAAACGUCAGCUACUUGGACAUCUCCAGUGGAGGGGACCUGGGAGUCUCCAGCAGCACAGAUCAGACCUUUAAGGUGUGGGAGACCCAUAAUACAGAAGUAAAGAGCGUGCUGGAAGGUCACACAAGGGACGUCUUUUCCUGCAAGUUCUUCCCUUCGGGGCAGGAGGUGCUGAGCGGCGGGUUGGAUUCGCUGGUGAAGGUCUGGUCCGUGAAUGAUGGAAGCUGCUUAGCGACGAUGAAAGGACACAGAGGAAGUAUCCUGGACAUAGCUGUUGUGGCCAAUGGACAGAAUGUCAUUUCCUCGGGGCAGGACGGCACGGCUCGGUUAUGGGACUCUGCCCAAGGCGCCUGCAUAGCUGUGGUCGAUGACUCCUACUCUCCUAUCAACGCCAUCGCUGUGGCCGAGGUUGGAAACGCAGUCAAUCUGGGCUCUCCCAAGGAAACUCCUAGUAGCAGGGAAGUAGGAACAGAAGGCAAGCUGGUGGUACUGGCCCGCGAGGAUAAGUCAUUGGAGGGAGUGAGCCUGCACAGCCGCCAAUCACGAUGGAAACAGGGGUUCUUCUGCGCCACCGGGAAACCGCCCCCAAAAUCUCCGCCGUAAUCACUUCCCAGAAACAAACUGACGCCAAAUGUGGGAAAGAGAGCGGCAAACACUACAGCCAAAGGCUGGGGCCCGACAACGAGAGGCAGUUUGUGUGCUCCUUCUGCGGGAAAUGCUUCAGAAGCUACUGCUACAUCAGUGCCCCGUAUGCAGCAAAUGCUUCUCGAAUAAAUCCGUCCUGAUCCGGCAUCACAAGAGCCACACGGGGCAGAGACCAUUCACCUGUAGCUACUGUGAGAAAUGCUUCUCCCACAGAGCCGGCCUGCUGGAGCAUCUCAGUCUGCACGCGGGGGAUAGACCCUACGUGUGCCCCGAGUGCGGCAAGUGCUUUAAGUACAGAGCGUCCCUCACGAGCCAUCGGAGGAUUCACCGAGGGAAGAGCAUCUGUGUGUGAGGGAACGGCGCUCCGGGUUCCAGACUGACAAUUUGGAAUCAUUUAGUGUUUAGUGCCUUUAAAAGGAAGAAUUGCCUGUUAUAAGACGAUAACAUUCCCCAAAUGCAUCUAUCCAAUCAUAACAGACAUAAAGAUAUUAAUAUUCAUCACUCCUGCGAUUCCUUUGGAAAGGGUCAACUCCAAAAAUAG